AUGGCAGAGGUUGUAGCGGGGGCACUACCGAACCUCCUCGCCAAGCUUGCUGAUCUGAUUCAUGGCGAGUACAACCUGCAAAAGGAGGUGAAGAGCGGGAUCAAGUUCCUAAUGGAAGAGCUUGAGAGCAUGAAGGGUGCUCUAGAGAAGAUCUCAAAUACACCAGUACACAAGCUGGACAAUCAGGACAAGAUUUGGGCUACAAACGUCAGGGAGCUCUCCUAUGACAUAGAGGACAGCCUUGACUUAUUCAUGGUUCGAUGCAAAGGGAAGAAGCUAGUCAAACAGCAUGGGUUCAAGGAGGCCAUUGAUAGGUGCCUCGAAUGGUUGAUGCAGCCCAAGAUUCGUCGUAAGAUUGCUAUAAAAAUCAGAGACAUCAAGAGCCGUGUUGAAGAGGUAGCCAAGCGACGUGAUCGGUACAAGGUCAUCAGUAAUGAUGCUGCUAAGCCUGUAACAGUCGAUCCUCGAUUGUUGGCUCAGUACUAUAAGGCAGUAGAGCUCAUUGGCAUUGACGAGGCACGAGAAGAGGUAAUCAAGAUUCUCGGAGAUGACAAUGAAGUGCAUAGGCAGCAAUUUCCCCUAAAAGAAAAAGUGUGUAGGCAGCAACAAGACACGAUAGUUUCUAUUGUUGGAUUUGGUGGCCUAGGGAAGACAACUCUUGCCAAUGCGGUGUAUGAAAAGCUUAGAUCACGAUUUGAUUGCUCCGCCUGUAUUUCAGUAUCUCAGACUCCUGACAUGGAUAUAUUACUCAAGGACAUGUUCUAUCAACUUGCAAAGAAAAGGAAUGCAAGAAAUCAAGUUAUGAAUGAGGUCAGAGAAUUCCUCAAGAAGAAAAGUAACAUAGCUUUCUUGUAUUCUGUGCACAAAUACUUAAUUGUUAUUGAUGACAUAUGGGACAUCACUGUUUGGGAAAUGAUAAAAUGUGCUUUGCCGGAUAAUUGUUAUGGAAAUAAAAUUAUCACAACAACCCGUAUUCUCAAUAUCGCCGAACAAGCUGGUGGUGCAUACAAGUUAGAGCCACUUUCUAUGAACAACUCCCGAAAAUUACUGUAUCAAAGAAUAUUUGGAAAUGAAAGCAAAGACAACAAUGAAGACAAUGAAAAAUGUCCCGAUGAGCUGGUGGAAGUAUCUGAAAAAAUAUUGAAGAAAUGUGCGGGUGUACCCUUGGCUAUCAUUACCAUGGCUAGUCUAUUGGCUUGUAAAGCAAGAAAUAAAAUGGAAUGGUGCAAGGUGUGCAACUCUGUUGGUACUGGUCUUGAAAACAACUCAGCUUUGGAGAACAUGAGAAAGAUUUUAGCAUUCAGCUAUUUUGAUCUGCCAUACCAUCUAAGGACUUGCUUGUUAUAUUUAAGUGUGUUUCCAGAAGAUUAUAAAAUUAGCAAAAACCGUUUGAUAUGGAUGUGGAUUGCUGAAGGUUUUAUCCAGUCUGGAAGACAGUGGAGGUGCCUAUUUGAUUGCGGCGAGAGUUAUUUCAAUGAGCUCAUAAAUAGAAGUAUGAUUCAACCCAUACAUGACACAUACACUGGCUUGAUAAAACAAUGCCGCGUACAUGAUAUGAUCCUUGAUCUAAUUUGUUCCUUAUCAAGUGAAGAGAACUUUGUUACUAUACUAAAUGAUGUAGAAGGCACAUCUCCAUCAAAUAUGACCCGGAGGUUAUCCUUUCAAAAUGGCAAGGAGGCUCAUGCUGCUACUUUGAACUUGCAACAAGUGAGGUCAGCUGUUGUCUUUCCAUCUGGCAUUGAUUUUGUUCCAGCCAUUUGGAGUUUUCGAGUUUUACGUGUACUAGAUUUACACCACUGUACUCUUUCACAAGAUUACAGCCUUACCUACCUUGGUAACUUAUUUCACUUGAGAUACUUAGGGCUAAGUUGCACAGGUAUUGUUCAGCUCCCUGAAAAAAUAGGAAACUUGAAAAAUUUGCAAACACUGAACGUGAUGCACAAUCAAAUUUCUUGCUUGCCAUCGUCUGUUGUUCAGCUAAGAAAUUUGAUGUGCCUAUUGGUUGACAAGUGGACAAGAAUGCCAAAUGGAAUUGGGAACCUAACAUGCCUUGAAGAGCUGUCAGUAUUAAGAAUCGACAAGUCGAGCGUGGACAUUAUAGAAGAGUUGGGCCAGCUCUCUGAACUGAGGGUGCUACAUAUCGUCUUGGGUAGAUGGGAAGACAAGUUAGUGGAGUGCUUAGGCAAGCUAACAAAGAUACAGAAUUUAUCUAUCGAGGUCCCCGGUGGUGAUGAACGCAGCAUUGGUGGAUUGGAUGCCUGCUGGGCCGACGUCGCCCCUCGACACCUCAGUGCACUGAAGACACGGCGGAGCUGCUGGUUGUCGAAGCUGCCAACUUGGAUGAUGAAUCCGUCUGGUGUUGUGAGUCUCACCACCGUAUCCAUUGCCAUGACUGAGCUAGAGCCAGUUGACCUCAAAAUCCUUGGGAGGUUUCCAGCCCUCCGCUAUCUAGAUCUGGAGGUGCACCAGGAGAACCACAAAAACCAUGAUGAAUUCGCUUUUGGUGCUGGUUCGUUCCCAUGCCUGGUACGCGGCGAGUUCCGCAGGUUCGCAUGGCCUGUGGUAUUUGGACGAGGAGCUAUGCCCAGGCUCAGAGAGCUCUUUUUCAGCCUUUCCUAUGUGAGGAUGGGAGGAGAAACUGGUAGCAGCCGUUUGGGACUAGGGAAGCUGCCAUCUCUCCAGCGUAUCAACUUUGACUUCGUGUCUGAAGGCGUCACCAAGGAGGCAGUGAAGCAAGCUAAGGCUGCGCUGUGUCUUGCAGCACAAAACCAUCCCAAUCGUCCCACUCUUCGAAUCUGA